GUAACAGUUUUAAUAUGGGCUCAUUUACAUAUGGGCUCAUAUAUUUCAUUCUUGGGUUUAAGGCCGUGUUUGCUUCUUUGCUCAAUUGGCAACUCCUCGCCGGAAAAGCAGACCGAUCGGUAGACCAACGCCGUCAGUGGCAGACAUAUACAUACACAUAUACACACAAAUAUACAUAAAAUGGCAGCCAAGGAAGAAGAAAAGGCAGGUGGGUCAGAGAUGAAACCAUGGGAGCAGCACUCAGCAGUUAUAAGCAUCCCUCGCUUUGAUUACAACGCCCCUUCUUCUUUACUCAGCCAUUCUUUCACUGGGUUUCUUGUUACAUGCCCCAUCAAGAGGGAGAAAAGUGCUACGAAGGAAGCCAUGUCAAUCUUCCAAAAGUUUAUUGUGUCCUCUCAAAUUUGCACCUCUGAAGAUCUAGAUAACACUAACAACACUAAUGUGUCUAAAAGAAGAAAGGUGUUUAUCACAGAAACUGAUGAGGUUUCUGUCAACUGUGUAGAAACCAAGAGUGCUGACAUUGAUGAAAAGCUCUUUGAAGGUUCAUGUGCGCCCUCUGUGAAAGAAGAGACAGAUGUUGGUGUUACACAUGUUCUUUCUCUAGUAAAGCUGAUAAGAAGUGGCUUGCUUCUCUUUAUCUUUCACAAGGACCACUCCCAUGAUGUAGCCAACACCGUAGCAAAAAUCAUGCAGUCAUUGGAGUCCGGAAGUUUAAAGUCUCCACUUUGGUGUCAUCGCAUAUUUCCUAUCCAAGCUACUUGUACUCUGAAUGAGAAAGAACUGACUGCAUUAGUGUCAAAGCUUGUUUUACAGUUUGUGAAUGAUGGAAAGAACAAAUUUGUGCGACCUGUGAAGUUUGCAGUUGGGUACAACAGAAGAGGAUUUGAGGAGGCAGAGAUAAAGGGUACAAAAAAAACAUUAAAUGAAUCAGACGUGAUAGAGUUAUUAGAUCGAAAUAAAUGUUUUACGGUCGUAGCUGCAGCAGUUAAAGAAGCUAUACCUGAUUCAAUGGUGGACCUGAGCCAUCCAGAGCUUUCAGUUCUUAUUGAGCUGCUACCCAUUUCAAGAGUAACGAGUGGGUCAUUGGUGGCUGGGGUCUCGGUUCUCCCGUACAAUCUUGUGAGCACCAAGCCUAAGCUUGGCAUCAAAGCUCUAGUUUCUGAUAUGAAAACAGGUAAUGGAAAGAAGAAUAGCAAGAAUAUCAUGGUACAAAAAUGAGUUUAUCAUGAUUCAUGAACAUGCAACUGUAAGUCUAAAUUAAACAAUUUUGCUAAAGCCCUCAGUAGCAGACUCUAAUCUGAUCUCCCUUAAGCAAAAUGCUAAAAUAGUUCUGGGAAUUUCAGCUCGAUUUGCAAAAUCACCCUCUGUAAUCUUAUAUUUUUCCUAUGAGUUUCUGUUCUUCCCUUUU